CAUGUUAAAUCUCAUCCUAGUCCCCGAAACUCUAUGUUCCCGCCAAUUACAUCCCGGCAACACCACUCCGUCUUCUAUCAUCUUCAACUAUGUUCGCAUUACAUUUCAAACCGUAUUUUUCUCUUCCGCCGUUAUUAUUCCGCAUUUCCGUUAACACUUCUUCUUCCAAUUUAACAUUUCCUCUCUCACUAACCCCUCGCCGUAAAAUGUCAAAGCCACCACCUUCCGCCUUCGACAAACUCAUGUCCGGUGCACGCGCCGCCGCAGCCAAGAAGAAACCACCACCUUCUUCCUCAUCUCCCAAGAAACGAAAAUCCCCUCCCCCUCCUCCUUCUCCAUCUCCAUCUCCACUCUCCCCUCCCGCUCAAAACCCUAACAACAAUCUCAAAACCCUAGAAACCGUUGAAACUGUUGAACCACCGAACAAGAUCCGCAACACUUCAUCUUCUUCCAAGGGGAUAAUUUCCGAAUUGAAGGAGCUAAUUCCACAGCUGAAGAAGAAACCGCCGAGUUUCGAUCCAAGUUCGGUCGUUUGCUGGGAGAAAAACAAACCUGUGCCGUUUUUGUUCCUUUGUUUGGCGUUUGAUAUGAUUAACGAAGAGAGUGGGAGGAUUGUGAAAACUGACAUUGUGUGUAAUCUGUUGAGGACGGUGAUAUACACUACACCGGAGGAUCUUGUGCCGGUUGUUUAUCUUUCUGCUAAUAGAAUUGCUCCGGCUCACGAAGGGUUAGAAUUGGGAAUUGGCGAUGCUUCUAUUAUUAAGGCUCUCGCUGAGGCGUGUGGAAGGACUGAGCAGCAGAUUAGGAUUCAGUACAAGGAAAAAGGUGACUUAGGUUUAGUUGCGAAAGCUAGCCGUUCUUCACAGUCUAUGAUGCGGAAGCCUGAACCUUUGACUAUUAGGAAGGUUUUCAAGACAUUUCAUCUUAUUGCUAAGGAAUCUGGAAAAGACAGUCAAGAGAAGAAAAAGAAUCACAUAAAGUCACUUCUUGUUGCUGCAACUGAUUGUGAACCUCUAUAUAUAAUCCGUUUGCUACAGGCAAAAUUGCGAAUUGGAUAUGCCGAACAAACUCUCUUAGCUGCAUUAGGCCAAGCUGCAGUAUACACUGAAGAACAUUCUAAACCGCCUCCAGAAAUUAAGUCUCCAUUUGAAGAGGCUGCAAUGAUUGUUAAAAAAGUUUAUUCUGUUCUUCCUGAUUAUGACAAAAUUGUGGCUGCACUCCUUACGGAUGGUGUAUGGGAACUUCCAAAGAAGUGUGAUUUUACUCCUGGUGUUCCGGUUGGGCCUAUGCUGUCAAAAGCAACCAAGGGUGUAUCUGAAAUUCUAAAUAAAUUUCAGGAUGUAGAGUUUACGUGUGAGUACAAAUAUGAUGGAGAGCGUGCUCAGGUGAUGCUUCAUGGUCAUAUAUUCCAUCAGAAAUGCACGGAUUAUGAUACUUAUUAUGCAAUAACAUUAGUUGUAUUGAGACAGAUACAUUACAUGGAGAAUGGCUCGGUGGAGAUUUACAGUAGAAAUGCUGAAAGGAACACUGGGAAGUUUCCUGAUGUUGUUGCUGCAGUUUCAAGGCUAAAGAAACCAACAGUAUCAUCUUUUAUCCUUGAUUGUGAACUCGUUGCAUAUGAUCGUGCAAAACAGAGAAUCCUUCCAUUCCAGGUGCUUAGUACUCGAGCCCGCAAAAAUGUAGCAAUAAGUGACAUAAAGGUUGAUGUUUGCGUAUUUGCUUUUGACUUGUUGCACCUUAAUGGCCAAGCACUUCUUCAGGAAAACCUUAAAAUCCGUAGAAAGCAUCUCUACGCCUCUUUUGAGGUAGAGUCUGGAUUCUUUCAGUUUGCGACAUCAACGACAUCAAAUGAUGUUGAGGAGAUACAAAAAUUUCUUGACCAAGCUAUUGAUGCAAGUUGUGAGGGAUUAAUCAUUAAAACAUUACAUGAAGACGCCACAUAUGAACCCUCCAAGCGGUCGCUCAACUGGCUGAAACUGAAGAAAGAUUAUAUGGACAAUAUAGGGGACUCCCUGGAUUUGGUACCUAUUGGUGCUUUCCAUGGUCGUGGUAAACGCACAGGAGUGUAUGGUGCUUAUCUCGUUGCUUGCUAUGACAAAGAGAACGAAGAAUUUCAAAGUAUUGUCAAGUUAGCAACUGGAUUCACAGAAGAGGAGCUUGAAGAACGUUCUGCUAUCCUUCGCUCUAAAAUUAUUCCCAAACCAAAGGCAUAUUAUAAAUGUGGAGAAUCAAUCAAUCCUGAUGUCUGGUUUGAAGAUAGUGAGGUGUGGGAGGUGAAAGCUGCAGAUCUGACCAUUAGCCCUGUUUACCGAGCUGCAGUGGGCAUAGUAGAUUCCAAUAAGGGCAUAUCUCUUCGGUUUCCACGUUUUGUUCGAGUUCGGCCUGACAAAACUCCUGACCAGGCCACUCCGUCUGAGCAGAUUGCUGAAAUGUAUAAUAAGCAAAAACACAACCAGACCAACAACCAGGAUGACGAUGAAGAUGAUGAUUAAGGGAAAAAGUAUAAUAAGUAAACGUUUAGAUCUAUGAAUGGGUACUCCAAAAAUGGAGAAGUACAUGCACCGAGUAUGUACCGGUACCAGGUACGCGUAUGGCACUCGUUGGGUACUGACUGAUCUGUAGCCGUUUUUAUUUGGUUGAUUUGGGGUGGGGAAUACCGUAAAAAUGUAUCAGUGGUAGAAAAAUCUCUUAAAAUAUUUUGAUUUUUUAUUAUAUUUCAAUUAUCUACCUCGCUUUUGAUGAAAAUAAUGGAGACAAUGGACAAAAAAAAGGUAAAUUUCCGAAAUAUGAUGAUAGUAAUUGACUUGAAAAAUAAUUUUGAUAUUUCA